UGAAUUGGACCGCAUAAAAUCGAGGGCACACGAAAAGAGAAGAUCGCCGCGACCUAAAUACAGCACACGAACGUGAAUUGGGAAUUCGUGCUAAUUUGCAUCCCGAUUCGUCCCAAGCGCCGUCGCCGCCACCUUUGCGUUCCAACGACGAUGGCCUCGGUCGCUCCUCUUUCUUCUUGGACAGCCAUUGGAGUCACGAGGGCGCUCGCGGCCGUUCGCCGCGUUCAGCCGCCCGCGAAUUCGUUCCUCGCCGGAACCAGUAGAAGGGACGUCGCAACGCUUGUCUCUCAACCGUUGCGGUUCCGAUCCAAGAGCCCGGGGACCUCCCUCUCCGCCCGGUGCUUCUCCGCGUUGAGUCCCGAGAUGAAAACGACAAUCGACAAGGUUGUUCAGUCGCACAAAGUGGUGCUCUUCAUGAAGGGAACCAAAGACUUCCCCCAGUGUGGCUUCUCCAACACCGUGGUGCAGAUAUUGAAGUCACUGAAUGUGCCCUUCGAGACGCUGAACAUACUCGAGAAUGACAUGCUGCGUCAGGGGAUGAAGGAGUACUCGAGCUGGCCUACUUUUCCCCAGCUCUACAUUGAUGGGGAGUUCUUUGGUGGCUGUGACAUUACUAUCGAAGCAUACAAGAAUGGGCAAUUGCAAGAACAAAUUGAGAAAGCAAUGUGUUCUUGAUGAUCAGCGAGUUACGUAUUGAUUUUGAUAUUUGUGGUAAUUUAACUAUCUCUUGAGUUCCUAAAUUCUACACCCUUGUUUUCAUUUGACACUGAACGUGUCCUUUGUGGAUUCAUGAAUGCUCUUUUAGUACGAACUUUAAAACCAUAAAUGACGGUUUUUGCUUACGGAA